GCUUGCGAUCACAACGUUCGUAUGGCGACAACGUCUCCAGAACCAAAGCGUGCGCGCGUCGAGGCGGCGCCGUGGCUGCUGCCGCACGUCGUGCUGCAGGUGGUCCAUUAUCUUGCCGAUGCUGAUGCCGCCAACGCGUUUCUCCACGCGGUGCCGCCCGGCGCCCGUGACGAGUCGCUUGAUGCGCUCGCAACCCUCUUUACCGAGGGUGUCGACUUCUGGCCAAAGACUUUUCUCGACGAUGUUUUGAGAACGAAGGACCCGUCGACAGUGAUCAAGGCGCUACCAGCGCUCCGCAUCCUCGACAUUUGCGAAAAUGACGCCCGCGGCGUCAGCCUUUGCCGAGCCACGCCGCCGGUGCCGACGGUCGAUGUCAACGUCAUCGUCUCCAGCACAAACCUGUGUGACCUUCGAUCCAUUCUGGGUGGCUGGGUCGCCAACAUCACCGAUCUAGACGUUGAUAGCUAUGCCCAGCCGCUCAACCUACAAGGUCUGCAGCGAUCGCUCGCCGAGUGUACAAGGCUCAAGACGAUCACCAUGUCGUGGCGAAACCCCAUGUUCAUGGACCAAGACGAGCUGGACAUCCUCCUGGUGGCCAUUACCGAGUCGUGUCCGCGCAUCGCGGUUGUGUCGCUCACGGCACCCAACUUCACCGUCUUGGAGGACAGCGAGUGCCUUCUCGAGUUGCUCGCACGACCAAGUGUGACGCAGUUCAGGCUGACGGGGUGUGCUGUGGCAGCGACCGCGACCGAGGAUUUGGUGCACGGACUGCGUUCGCUGCCGUCGUUCGAAUCCGUCCGCCUCGAAUGCACCGGCCGUAGCAUUUCGAUGUUGCGCCCGUCAGCGCCACGGCCGUCCCGGAACUUGCCGAUCUUGGAUAUUGACGCCAGCAGCGUCGUCCAGGACACCAGUGUAUGGGACGAAGCGAUGUGUCUCGCUUUCCCAACAGUGCUGCGGACGUUCAAGGUGUACAAUGCGCGGAUGGCCGACUUUCCGCAGCUGCCGGAGCUCCGCAACCUCACCUUGAGCAACGUCGAGCUGACGAGCAACGCUGUGGCGUCUCUCUGCGCGCUGCUGGCGACGACGACAACGCUCACAACCCUCUUGUUUAUGACGCCGAGCGACUUUACGCAAAACGUCGACGCGGUCCUGGCCGCUCUGCCGCGCUGGCUGAGUCGCCAACGACACGCGUGCAACGUGCACCUUGACGUCCCAACGGCAAACGCGGGGGUGGUCGCCGCCAUUGUGGAGAAAACGCGCAGCUCGCACGGGGUCCACUUGGAGGUGUUCAACGACAUUAAUCUCGCAGCGAGCAAGCGCGUCGUGACGGCCCUUGGCGCGACGUCGCAAAUGUCGGUGUGGCUAUUGAGCCGGAGGAACAUGCAAGAUGACGAGCUCAAGGCACUUGCCAAGAUGCACAACGUGUACUACGAAGGAAGCUACUUCGUCUCGCCACGCCCGACGCCGACGCAGUAGUCAUAUGCACUUCACCAAUGAUCA